CCACGUCCAAAGCGGAUGGGGGCAGAGCUCGCUGGAGCCGGCUGUGGGGGGGCUCAUGCGGCGCUGCGCUGCGGGGGCAGCCUGGGGGAGUCUAGCGACAGCCGGCAGGACGAGAGCGACCCGUUCAUUGCCUUUGUUGAUCCCAAAGAUUACAUGUUUUCUGGACUUAAGGAUGAAACUGUGGGUCGAUUACCUGGAAAAGUUGCAGGGCAGCAAUUUGUCAUUCAGGAGUGUGAGAACUGUAAUAUCUACAUCUUUGACCAUUCCGCUACAAUCACUAUUGAUGAUUGUACAAACUGCCGAAUAUUUCUAGGACCUGUAAAAGGCAGUGUCUUUUUCCGUGACUGCAAAGAUUGCAAAUGUGUAGUAGCCUGCCAACAGUUUCGCACCCGGGACUGCAGAAAGUUGGAAGUAUUCUUGUGCUGUGCCACACAACCCAUUAUUGAGUCAUCCACAGGUAUGAAAUUUGGCUGUUUUCAGUACUACUAUCCAGAGCUGGCUCUGCAAUUCAAAGAUGCCGGAUUGAGUGUCUUCAAUAACACAUGGAGCAACAUCCAUGACUUUACGCCUGUGUCGGGAGAAACUAAUUGGAGUCUUCUAUCCGAAGAUGCCCUGGUUCAGGAUUAUGUCCCCUUUCCUAUAUCUGAGGAACUAAAAGUAGUCAGAAUUUCUACAGAUGCCAUGAAGAGCAUAAUUCCAAUAACACGGGGUGGGAGGCAGAAGAGCAGUGAAGAAUCAUGUCUGGCAGUUUUCUUUGCUGGAGACUACACAACAGCAAAUGCUAGAAAGCUAAUUGAUGAGAUGACUGGCAAAGGCUUUUUGUUGGUUCAGACUAAGGAAGUUUCAAUGAAACCAGAAGAUGCUCAAAGAGUAUUCCAGCAAAGUGCAUCUGACUUCAUCCCUUUGCUUGAAAAAGGUCCUGUUGUUGCUUUGGAGUUUAAUGGAGAUGGUGCUGUAGAAGUAUGUCAAAGCAUUGUAAAUGAUGUCUUCGGUGGAACCAAGGUUUUUGUGUCUGAGAGCAAAGCAUCAGCUUCUCGAGAUGUGGACAGCUUCUACAACUUUGCUGACAUGCAGAUGGGAAUGUGAAGUGUGACUUGAAGAAGUUAUUGAAUAUGGCCUCUCACCACUUGGAUGUGGCUUUGGUUUGAUUGUGCAAUGCUGCAUUAGCAGCUAAGUGUGUGUGUUUUUAUUAAACUUUGUAUAGCAUAUGCUUUUUAUAAACGGAAUUGGUAAAUUUAAUAUUGCAUCAUGUGGAUUAAAUGUAUGUCUAAUACUUGUGUAUUACUUACACAAGAUAAUUUCUAGUAAUUUAUGAUUAUAGUGACAUUUUAAUUAUAUUUUGAUGUGUGAACAUUCCUUAGAUCUUUUAAUUUGUAAGAUUUUUAGAAAGUAGGUACAAUGCUAGAACAAAUUUUAAUAGAUUUUUUUUUAAAAUAUGUAACUGAAAUAUGCUACUGCCAGGAUGUGUCAGUGGUAUGUUACAGAUGGUAACUUCUAGAAUUCAAAACAUUCCCAUAUGCAAAAUUAUCUUAAUCAAGAAAAAUGUCAUGUCUAAAAUUUCUUAAAGUAUUUUCUCUUGGAAAUAAUUCUGGUACAAUCUUUGUAUAAAUAGAAACAUCAAUUGCACCAAGGUGUACUAAAGACACUCACCUCACUCGUGCAACUGGGGGUGCCAGGAUUCCCCUCUUGCUCCAGCCCCACGGCAGGGAGGAGGUUUGCUAAGCUCACGGCUUUCCCAGAGCCAGAUUAGCAUUUCUGGGGGCCCAGGGCUGAUAGAUUGUGGGGGCUCCUAGGCUCUGGGGUGGGACCAAAAAUGAGUUCAGCGUGUGGGAGAGGGCUGCCAGCUGGUGGGCUGGGAGUGCAGGGUCUGGGAGGGAAGGUGAAGGGGUUGUAGGGUCCGGGAGGGAAGGUGAGGAGGGUAGGAGAGAAUGUGGUACAUACUUGGCACAGCUGAGUCAUGGGAAACGUGGUUCUGUGAGACCUUGUGUCUGCAGGCACUGCCCCUGUCUCUCCCAUUGGCUGCUAUUCCCAGCCAAUGGAAGCGGCAGAGGAAAAGCCUGUAGGUGAAUGUUUCCCUGUGCUGCAGUUGCCCCCCUCAGUUAGGGGGGAAGGGAACAGCAUGCAGAAUCACUUCCUUUCCCUCCACCAGGUAGAGCUGGCCUCAUGGGGGCUUUAGUCCCCACUCUGCACUGCUUAUCCCCUCUGCGGGAGGAGCCCUGAGCCUUGUGGGCUGGAUCAAGGAAAGCCUGGGCUAUAGGUUCUUCAUCCCUGAUGUAGUGGCUCCUGUCUCAUACCUCUUCUGGGCUAGUAUAAUAAGCCUGAGGCUUCCUUACAGUCCAGUGGCCAGAAUGGAUCUUAAAUGACUACCAUAGUUUAGUUACACUGGAACCUCACCACAGUCUAGAAACACGGGUGGUUUUAUAGCAGUGUUUGGUUGCAUGCCCCUCUACUGAGACUGCUCCUCCAUCAUGGUGAAGGUUAUGGGCACAAUUCUCUAAGAAGUGGCUGCAGAUACUGAUUGACUGUAAAACUAAUAUUAGUCAGUUGCUUCUAGAAACAGACCAAGAAAGCACUAAUUUGAGACUCAAGGAAUGUCACAUUUUUUUUACUUUAGCUGUUUGAUUUGUAGUGUUUUUUGUUUUAAAUAAAUGAGCUAUAGAGUAUUCCUGGUGACACUGACUGGAUACAUCAUUGCAGCAUAAGAGCCUUCACUACAAUAUGAUGGAUCUUAAUGCAUACACAUGAAAAUAUUUAAUCAACAUGCAGAUUGAGCUUCUGUAAGCUUACAAGAGCGAAGGCUGGCAUUCCAUUGGCCCUCUGUUCAAAGUAGGAUGUAAAACCCCAGUUAAUCUAUUAACCAGACAUUAACAUUUAAAUGGUUAACCAACUAAGCAGGAUCCGGGCAGGGGACUGCUCCACAGGGCUCCUACUUCUAGCCCUGUGCUGGGACUGGCUGCUGGCUCCCCACCCCCUGGGGCUG